AUGAGUGGGUUUAAAGCUUCUGGUGUAUGGCCUUUGAAUGCUGAUAUUUUCCAAGACUCCGACUUUGCGCCAUCUUAUGUUACUGAUCUUCCAGAUCCUACACUAGAGCCAGAUGACGUAAAUGUCACAGAUAAUAUAUCUUUGAAUCUUGAAAAUCCAGAACUAUUAGAUUCUGUCCCUGAAGUAGAUAUAAGCACCACGGAAAUUAUAAGCCAAAUCGAAACUGCAAACGAGCCAACUCCGAGUUGCUCCGGUCUACAAAAAACUUUCUCGCCAUCGAAGAUUAGACCUUUACCAAAGGCGCCACCAAGAAAAACCAAUACAAAUAGCAGACGCAAAAGAAAAUCUACAGUAUUGACGGACACUCCUGAAAAGGAAGCUUUACAAAAGGAAUAUGAGGAAAAGAUGAAGAAAAAACAGAAAAAAGAUGACAAAAUUAAAGGAAAAGUGAAAGGAAAGGGGAAGGGGAAGGGAAAAGCCAAAGGAAUUGAAAAAUUAUGUUUGUGUGCAUUGUGUCUCCCUCCUCUAAUAAAAUACAAUGUAUUGCAUCAUUUUGUGGAGAAUACUAACAGAGUUCUAGAAAGUCUCGAUAAGUGUGCUAUUUUCGGUGAUUUUAACCUUAAUUCCAUCAACUGGAUUGAUGAGACUGGUAAUUUAAUUACAACACCUCAGUUCAUGGGCUUUAGAAUUGAACAGCUACUUAAGAAAUUUAUUGAAUUUAAAGGUUUAAAACAGUAUAAUCAUCUAGUCAAUUCAAACAACCGCGUCUUGGGCCUAGUGCUAUCUAAUUUAGACAAGAUUAAGGUGUGGUUAGAAGACGUACUGUCUAUGAUCGACCUGCAUCAUCCAAAUAUGCUAUGUAACAUUCCGAUUAAAUUUGCUAUUAGUGUUAAAUACUGCGCACCUAAGACUAAAUUGAUUUUAUAA